ACACUGCACUUGUUUCGUUCGGCCACACUGGCGGCCAAAAGAAGAGUCAUAGGGAAAAUAUACACAGAAAAAAGUAAAGUGCGACUGAGUGCGUUUUCCUGGUCAUCGAACAGCCAAAGUCGAACCCCAAAGUAGCACCCAUGUCCGGCUCCGGUCUCGACGAGAAUCCCUUCGGGGAGCCCAACCUGGACAAUCCGUUUGCGGAUCCCGCCAUCCAGCAGGCACGAACGUUUCGGGGCGGCGCCGCCCUCGUCUCGCUGGAGGAUUACAACCCCUUCGAGGAGCAGGCCAAGCCGCAGCUGCAAAUCAACUCGACCAAUACGGCGGCGGUGGUCCAGCCGCUGUCGCAGAACAUUCCGCCCCCGCAGACCAGUUCGCUGGGCGCCUCGGCGCCGAGCACCAGCAUACAGAUCACCUCGGAGGAGUUGCAGCGCCGGCAGGAGGAACUGGACCGCAAGGCCGCCGAGCUGGACCGCCGCGAGCAGCAGCUGCAGGGGGGCAACGUGCCCCAGCUUAACAACUGGCCACCGCUGCCGGACAACUUCUGUGUGAAGCCGUGCUUCUACCAGGACUUCGAGGUGGAGAUACCGCCAGAGUUCCAGAAACUGGUCAAGCGAUUGUACUACAUUUGGAUCUUUUACACCAUGACGUUGUUGGCCAACGUGAUCGGAGGUCUAAUAUUGCUGUUCCAUGCUGGCGAUUUCGAAACCUUCUUCCUGGCUAUCUUCUACACGAUGCUCUUCUCACCCGCCUCGUAUGUUUGCUGGUUCCGACCGGCGUACAAGGCAUUCCGCAACGAUUCAAGCUUCAACUUCAUGGUCUUCUUUUUCAUCUACUUCUUUCAAACGUUGUACUCGAUUGUGCAGACGGUGGGCUUCAACAAGAUGGGCUACUGCGGCUUCAUCACGGCCAUCGGGCAGUUCGAUGGCCUUGCGUCGGGCAUUAUCGUCGGCAUUCUGCUGCUGUGCGUGUCCUUCUGUUUCGCCGCGGUGGCCGUGGCCAAUGUGCUGAUGAUCACCAAGAUUCACUCCAUCUACCGCAGCACAGGGGCCAGCAUGGCCAAGGCCCAGGCGGAGUUCACCACCGAGUUUCUGCGCAACCAGCAUGUUCAGGAGGCGGCCUCCUCGGCCGUCAACACGGCCAUCAACUCGCAGUUCAACAACAGCAGGUACUAAGGAGACAGUCCCUCCCGAGGACCUGAUCAAAUCAAAAGGAGAAUCAAUCAAUCAACCACGAACUCAAGCACUCAUCCGGCUAAACUUGGACAAAAAGAGAUGGGUAACCGCGCCAGAGAGAGGGAGAUAGACAUGGAAAUGGGACAUUAAAUAAACAUUGAAUUAGCUUGAAAAUAAAAGCAAAGCAAAGCAAAAGCCGAAACUAAAGCAAGCAUUGGAGCAUGGAACUAAUAACUAUUUGCUUUUGUGCAUAAACAAUUCCUAGAAUGCCGUCGUCUUUAUUACAAAUAAUUACUGUAAUGAUAACACACAAAAACACAAAAACAAUGCAUUAACAAUAUUUAUAAACAGACAGAUACUGAACUUAGAACUUAAACUAAAACUGAAACUAAACAAAAAAAAAGAAAAGAAGAGUAAAAAAAUGAGAACUAAAACGGCCCCCGAUGCCUUCGACACACAGCUGCAGCGGAUUGGAAGACAGGACAUCUGAAUCGUGUGAAUUACAUGCCUCCAAAUACAAUAUUUAGAGUAAAUUAUUGUGUGUGUGUCCUGUGAAAUGAUUGGAUUCCGAAAUAACCCUAGAGAAUCCAGACGAAAGGGAUGAGUCUGAUGA